UUGAGAUGUAAUUUGACUGUCGGGCUGAUGUGUACUUAGCGGAUGUAUGAAUAUCGCAUAAUCAUUUCGUGAUACACCAUUGUCUUUCUUUGUCGUUUGUCGCGACGCUGUCGUGGUGUAUAUAACGAUUGGUAAGUACAGACGCUUGUCAGUUUGGACGACGACGACGACGACGACGCAAAACACUGUCCUCGUCGGCGACCUCUGGAAGUUUCGAUGAGAACCGAAGUAAAAUAUUGGGACUGUUAGAAGAAAGAAGUCAGGAUAAAGAUUGCCAUACCUAUGUAGGGCAGAGAUCCGUAACAAAAGGAAAAAGUCUCUCUUCGGUCGUCUUUCUCUCGUUUUCAAUAGUCGAUACACAUAGCUGUCAGGUGUGAUCGUGUGAAAGUUGAUCGCAUCUAGAGUUUUGUCAUUAAGUGUGGAGGUAGUGUACGAAGUGUCAUUCGUAUUCUUUCAAAUAAUAUUCACGUACACUCCUGACCUUGGAAGUAGCAUUUAUUGUCUCUAGUGUAUGUAAAGUGAGUGAUGAUCAUUGCUUGAAUAUUUUGAGAGAAAACAGACAAAAAAUCAUCUUGACACCAUGUGGAAGCCAUUUGAAGCUGGCAGUUCACCAGUGGACUGGUGUGAAGGCAAUUACAGUAUUUCACCAAGCAUAGCUGAGUUUAUGAAUACGUUCAGUAAUGUGGUCUUCCUGCUACUUCCACCAGUACUAAUGCAUCUGUUCAGGGACUACGGACGUUUUGUAAAUCCAGGAAUUCAUCUAAUCUGGUUCCUGUUGAUGAUAGUAGGCCUUAGCAGUGCAUACUUUCAUGCUACUUUGUCAUUGAUAGGUCAACUACUAGACGAAUUAGCUAUUCUAUGGGUAUACAUGGCAGGCUUCUGCAUGUUCUUCCCAAGAAGAUAUUUCCCAAAUAUUUUUCACAACAAUAGGAAACUUUUUUCUCUAUGUGCGACUUUACCGACGUUAAUCGCCACUGGCUUGGCGCUGGUACAUCCAGCUAUAAAUGCUUUUGCACUGAUGAGUUUGGGUAUACCGGCAUUUGGAUUUAUGAUUAUAGAAUUAAAAAGAACAACGUCAAUGAGAGUCUACAGACUGGGACUACGAUGCGGCGCUGUGUGGAUAUUGGCGGUGACUUGCUGGCUGAAUGAUCGCUUGUUCUGUGAUACAUGGCUGAACCUGAAUUUUCCGUAUCUCCAUGCGUUAUGGCACUUAUUUAUUUUCAUAGCGAGCUAUACCGCGGCGGUGUUAUUCGCUUACUUCUCAGUAAGGGAGGAGAAGCCGCAGCAGUUUCCAGUGCUCAGAUAUUGGCCUAGAGACGACUUCGAGCUCGGUAUACCGUAUGUAACUAUUCGAAGUUAUAUUAAAUUAGACAAUAAUUCAAAUAUUUAGUUAGUAUCUUACUAAUCACAUUGUGUGAGAUCACUAAGGCCAAGUUCCACAACACCCGUUUAAUUUUAACUACCGGUUAAGUUCCAAUAGUGAUUAGUUAUUUCUGAUUAACUCUUCUUAAUGUCAAAUGCGAUUGACCAAGUCCAAUGGAAUAACUAGCCAGUUAAGUUAACUGGAGGUUGUGGAACUGGGUCUAAGACUGUAAUGCAUUUUUUUUACAGUUGGCAUUGAAGUUUUUCUGAGUUCUCGUAUGAAAACAAAAGAAUAAUUCAUAUGUUAUGUAUUAAUUUUAUUUCAACAUUACAUAUUUUGAGAACUUUACAUUUUUAUUUAAAUAUUAUGUUCCCUUUAGAACAAAUUUAGAAUUGCGUGAAUAUAAUGUUAUGUUAUGAGAAAUUGGAAAGAUACACGUAAGUUACACGUAAACGAGAAGGGGAAGUUGUUAGUAUAAAAAUUUCGAUUUUUAUGUAUAUAUGAACACUAUUGAAUUUUUACUUAAAAUUGUAAUAAGUAAAAAUGACUUUUUCUAUGACAUCUAAUUAAUAUAUUUGCAUUUGUUAGAUCCGGUUUCACCAAUGUCCUUGAACAUAAGUUAAAUCUUAAUCUGAGUUUAUUUCCUUAUCUAAAGGCAGUUUAAACUUAAGUUAAGACUUAAUUGACAUUGUUGAAACUGAGCAUUAGUCUACAGUCUACUAAAUUAUUAAUCUUUUAAUGAUAUUAAAUAGUAGUAGGAAUUUUUAUUACAAAAAUCUAAAACAGAUUUUACAAAAAGGAGAUAUAUAUAUAUAUAUAUAUAUAACAGGUUUAUAUUUAAGAUUUUCAUUUUUGUAAACGAUGUAAUUCAUUUUAUUCGUGUAUGUAGAAAUUAUAAAGAACAUAUACGAAUGAAAUGACAAACUAACACGCACGGUUAAAGAUUAUAAAAUUUGUAACAUUUAUGAUUAUAUAAACGUGCAUUAAUAAAUUAGUAAAUUAUUUAUAGAAUCAUUGUGAUAUGUAUUUACUUGAUCUCUUGUUAACUUUUUUAUAAAGAACUAUUUUAUAAAUGUGCUAUAAUGUGAAAUGUUAUCGAGAAUGGUAAUGUGUGCACGAACGCGUGUUUUAUAUUUUACGUAUUGUCUAUGUACGCGGGAAUAUAUAGGGCAUAGAUGUACUUAAUCAGUAAUACGUGUACUCAGGACUUUUAUUAGUUAUUUUAGUUUCUAUAUACAUAUGUAAUAAUUACAAAGGAAAGAAAAGAAAUAAUAUAAACAAUCAUUGCCUGUCAUAAUGUGGCAUGUAAAAUUCCAAUAAAAUUGGAAUGUUAAAAUAUCUAUAUGUGUUAGCAUACGGUUUUGCGCAUAUCUGCGAUUACUUAGUAGUAUAUUGUACAACAUAUAAAUGUAAUAAAUAUAUUAAACAAA